AUGGCCGACACGCAUCUAUCACAUCAGAAUGGCCGUGUCGCCGGACCCAAGCAUGUCGUCAUCGUUGGCGGCUCCCUCGCGGGCCUUUUCACAGGCGUGGCUCUCAAAACGAUCGGCAUCAACACAACCAUCCUGGAACGGAACCCGAACAAAUUGCUCGACAAUCAAGGUGCCGGCAUUGUGGCAGGAGGAGAUACAAUGGCGUUUUUCGAGAAGUACAAUCGCUGUCCUCGAGACGUGGCCAUCCAAUCGCAGAAGCGACUGUACCUGGACCCAAAUGGCAACAUCGUGCACGAAGAAGUAAUGAAGCAGACCAUGACCAGUUGGGAUCUCGUAUAUUAUCUGCUGCGAGCAAACUACGACAAUGUCGAAAGCGGAUAUCUGCAAGGCAAGAAGCCAACGUCAUGGGCAAAGGACACCGAUGGAACUGUCGAUUAUCGUUAUGGAUGCACUGUGACGGGCUAUGCUAUGCAGGCCGGAAAGGUCAAGGUCGCUUACACACGCGAGGGAAAGGAAGAGGCGGUGUCAGGCGAUCUCCUCAUCGGCGCCGACGGGCCUUCCUCGACGAUCCGCAAGAUCCUCCAUCCCGAAGUUCAUCGAGACUACUGUGGCUACGUCGUGAUCCGUGGCACAGUCCCCGAGAAUGAGGCUUCUCCUGAGUCCAAGGCUGCCUUCAUAGAGCGCUUCACCUUCUAUCACGGGCCUGGUGUGCAGAAUCUCACAUACACCAUCCCGGGCAUCAAUGGCGCUACCGAGGUAGGUAAGCGGCUGCUCAACUUUGUCUGGUACACCAACUUUCCAGAAGGCAACGACGAGCUCGAAAAGCUCAUGACUGACAAAGAUGGGAAACGACGGCGGAUCACCAUUCCUCCAGGUAUGAUGACUGACGAAGCUUGGGAGAUGGUGAAGGUUCGUGGCCGGAACAGGCUUCCUCCACAAAUGGCCGAGAUGGUCCAGAAGUCACGAAACCCUUUCGUACAAGCAAUAACGGAUGUGAUUGCGCCUACGAGCGUGCAUGAGAAUGGCAAGGUGAUCCUGAUCGGUGAUGCUUUGGCGGGCUUCCGCCCACACACUGUCAGUAGCACGAGCCAGGCUGCAUUCGAUGUAUUGAUGCUGGUCGAGGUGCUGGAAGGACGAAUGGACAUGGCUGAGUUCGAAAGACGGACAGUCGAAUACGCGAGGAAAGUAAGCGAGAUGGGAAAGUUCAUCGGAGACCGCAGUCAGUAUGAAGAAAGGUCCCUAAAGGAGUAUGUCGAGGACCGAAACAUGAUGAGCACCCCGAGAAACAAGCUCGAAUUCCCGCCGUGGACACAAGUGAGGUGA